GAUUUAUUAGUGAUAAAUCAUCAAAAUGAAGUGGACAUGGUUACUGCCGUUGCUCUUAGUGGCCCUAGCUGCUUCUCAGGAUGAGUCAGUGGAGGAAGAGUUGUCUUUAGCUGAGAAUUGUGACCAAGAGGCAUGCCAGCUUCCCAACUGCAGAUGUUCGAGCACGGAUAUCCCUGGGAACCUCCAAGCGAGGGACACCCCACAGUUCGUCCUCUUCACUUUCGACGAUGCCAUCAACGUCCUCAACAUCGAAACCUACCGAAGCCUCCUCGACAAUCGUAGGAACAUCAACCAAUGUCCCGUCGGAACCACGUACUACGUCAGCCACGAAUACACUAACUACCAACUGGUGAAUGAACUCUACAACAAGGGUCAAGAGAUCGCCCUUCACUCCAUCUCCCACAGAACCCCUCAGACUUACUGGCAAGAAGCUGAUGUCGAGGUGAUGAGAAGGGAAUUUGGAGACCAAAGGCAGCAGAUCGCUCACUUUGCUAAUAUUCCCACAGACGCUGUAAAAGGUGUCCGCAUGCCUUUCCUCCAAAUGACUGGAAACGCGACAUUCCAAAUGAUGACCGAGUUUGGUCUUGAGUAUGACUGCUCUUGGCCAACUGUUACCUACAUCGACCCUGGUCUGUGGCCUUACACCCUGGACUACGCGUCGAUCCAGGACUGUGUGGUGCCUCCUUGUCCCUCUGCUUCCAUUCCUGGGAAGUGGGUUCUACCAAUGGUGACAUGGCGUGACUUGAACGGAUCUCCCUGUGCUAUGGUCGAUGGAUGCUUUGCCGUUCCUCCACUGAACGACGAGGACGCCUGGUUCCAAUUCAUCGUCAGCAACUUCGAGAGGCACUACCUCGGCAACCGAGCACCCUUCGGCUUCUUCAUCCACGAGUGGUACCUGGCCACCAACCAGGCUGUCUUGAGAGCCACUGUCAGGUUCAUGGACAUGUUGAACAACCUGCACGACGUUUUUAUGGUGAACUCCGCCGACGUCAUCGACUGGGUGAAGAACCCAAUCCCAGUGGAUGAGUACGUCAAGCAGCCAUGCAAGACCAUCCAGUCCAGCCAGUGCUCGGCUACCAGCUGUGGACCUUUGCAUUCUGUGCAUAACUCGAUGGAUUAUUGGAUGCAGAUCUGUACCUCAUGCCCUCAAUCGUACCCAUGGAUCGACAACCCUCUUGGACAAAAUUAAUGCAUCAACAACAAUAAUAAUAAUAAUUGUACAUAAUAAUUAUAAUAAUUUAUUACCUACCUCAAUAAAAUAAACAUACUUUAAAUACUA